CACUGGAGCAGAGCCAUGAAUAAGGAGCAGCGCCAUCAGGGGCAAGGGAGGCUGAUUGGCAGAGACGGGGAAGGAAGCAGAGACCAGUCACCUCCCAUCGCCGGCACGCUGCUGCACCACCAGCAGCUAGCUCAGCUCACUGCCCAUGAAGGACCUGUUUGGCAAGUAUCCUGGGCUCACCCAAAGUUUGGAUCUUUGCUUGCUUCAUGUUCUUAUGAUGGGCGUGUCAUAAUAUGGAAGGAGGGCAACCAGAAUGAGUGGACUCAAGCUCAUGUUUUUGAUGACCACAAAUCAUCGGUUAACUCUAUUGCUUGGGCACCUCAUGAGGUUGGUCUUUGUUUGGCGUGUGGCUCCUCAGAUGGAAAUAUAUCAGUUUUUACUGCACGACCAGAUGGUGGAUGGGACACUUCCAGAAUCGAUCAAGCUCACCCAGUUGGUGUAACUUCUGUUUCUUGGGCACCAUCGACAGCGCCUGGUGCUCUUGUUGGUUCUGGUUUGCUUGACCCUGUUCAGAAGCUUUGCUCUGGUGGUUGUGACAAUACUGUCAAAGUUUGGAAGCUCUACAAUGGAACUUGGAAGAUGGACUGCUUUCCAGCUCUUCAAAUGCACACUGAUUGGGUAAGAGAUGUCGCAUGGGCACCUAACUUGGGCCUUCCAAAGUCCACUAUUGCUAGUGCUUCUCAGGAUGGGAAGGUUAUUAUAUGGACUGUGGGAAAGGAAGGGGAUCAAUGGGAGGGUAAGGUGUUGCAUGAUUUCAAGACUCCUGUUUGGAGAGUCUCAUGGUCCCUCACUGGAAACAUAGUGGCUGUUGCUGAUGGGAAUGACAAUGUCACUCUAUGGAACGAAGCUGUAGAUGGGGAGUGGCAACAGGAAAAUGGUUACCAAGUAGUUCUCCAAUACCAAAGCUCUAAGCUCAAUUCGAUUAUGAUAGGAAAUAAGGGAAUUGAAAAGGGUGACUUUGAUGGAUUUGCCUUGGAUAUGAGUACUGAGGAGGAGGAGGAGGAGGAGGAGGAGGAGGAGGACGGGGAGGAGGUAGAAGAAGAUGAAGAUGAAGGUGAUGAUGGUGAAUUAGAAGAACAGGAGAACGAUAAUUCAGUAGGUAGAAUUGAAGCUGAUGUUGCUACUGAUGGUUCUGGAGUUCGAUUUUAUCAACAAUUUGAUCAUGUUGAAUAUGAGGCUCUUGCUGCAAAAAAGCGUAAAGGACUUGGUGAUUGUGAGGGUGCAGGGUCUGGGAAGAAGGCUAGGCAAGAAGAUAUAUCUGGAGCUAGCAUGGAUGAAAUAAUGGAGGCCAUGAAUUACGGUAUCAAGAGAAAGUCACGAAAGCUUAAGAAAAGAGGUAGGAGGAAAGGAUCAAAAAAUAAGCUCAGCCCUAAAAUUACAAAGAUGCUGGGUGAUGCUACUGUUCUCUAUGCACAUGGCCGCUAUGAAGAGGCCAUAUCUGUUCUGAAUGAAGUUGUUAGGCUGGCACCGCAUGUACCAGAUUCAUACCAUACACUUGGACUUGUCCAUAUCGCACUUAGUAAUACUGAAAAAGCAAUGGGAUUUUAUACAAUUGCAGCGCGCCUUAUGCCGAAAGAUUCACCUUUGUGGAGAGUGCUUUUUGACUGGCACAAUGAACGAGGAGAUGUAGCUAGAGCCAGGUUAUGCCUUUCUAAAGCUAUAAGGGCAGAUCCUAAUGACAUUGCACUUAGAGUUCUUCAUGCAUCUCUUUAUGCUAAGCUUGGAGAUUGCCAAAGAGCUGCUGAGUCUUAUGAACAAAUAUCACGAGUUUGUCCUGAAGAUGUUGAAGUGCUGAAGAUAUCUGCAAAGUUGUAUGCUGAAUGUGGUCAGACAGAACGAAGUAUCAGCAUUUUGGAGAACUAUCUUAAGGGUCAUCCAUCUGGAGCUGAUUUUGGUGUUAUUGAUUUGCUUGCUGCUGUACUCAUGGAAACUAAUGCACAUAAUAAUGCUCUUAAACAUAUUGAGCAUGCUCACCAGGUUUACUAUUCAGGAAAGGAAAUGCCUCUACAAUUGAAAAUCAAAGCAGGAAUCUGCCAUGUUCAUCUUGGAAAUAUUGAGAAGUCAGAGAUUAUUUUCAGUGAUCUUGAAUCAGAGAGUGACCCUAAUCAUGCUGGGUUGAUUACGGAUGUAGCUGAUGCAUUUAUGAGUCUUGGGCACUUUCAUGCUGCGUUGAAAUAUUAUCUCAUGUUGGAGUCAAAUGCUGGGAUAGAAAGUGAGGGCUAUAUACAGUUGAAAAUUGCUCAGUGUUACUUAUCCUUGAAAGAUAGAGUGAAAGCAGUUACGUUCUUCUAUAAAGCUUUGCAUGCACUUGAAGAUAAUGUUGAUUGUCGAUUGGCUUUGGCAUCGCUUAUCCUUGAAGAUGGUAAAGAAGAUGAAGCCAUUUCUUUGCUAUCGCCUCCAGAAAAUUCAGAUUUUGUCAACUCAAGUUCUGAUAAGCAGAAGCAAUGGUGGCUUGACGGGAAAAUAAAACUGAAGCUUUGCCACAUAUAUAGGGCUAAAGGAAUGUUUGAAGACUUUGUCAACACAAUAUUCCCUUUGGUUCGUGAGUCACUUUAUGUCAAAACCCUCCGUCAGAAGGUAAAGAAGAGGCUGACAAUAAGUGUUCUUCGUAAAAGAACCAAAAUUCUGGAUGUUGGGGAAACUGUUGAUGUAUUUGGUGGAGUCAGACCGUUGGCUUCUCGUUCGGAUCUAAUGAAGGCUUCUAGAGCUCGGAAGUUGCUUCAAAAAAGGGAAGAACAGAAAGCUGUGGCAAGGGCUGCUGGUAUUGAUUGGCAUGGUGAUGAUUCAGAAGAUGAGUCUUUAGAAGAAGAAAUCAGAGUGCCCCCCCUUCCUAAUUUUUUGAAGGAUGAGGAGCAUCACAAUCUGAUUAUAGAUUUGUGCAAGGCACUGCAAUCUUUGCAAAGGUAUUGGGAAGCACUAGAGAUUAUUAACCUCACUCGGAAAUUGGUGAACAAGAAACUUCCUCUUGAGAAGAAGGAGGAACUUCAGUCUAUUGCAGCGCAAAUAUCAUACAAGACCACAGAUCCUAAGCAUGGGUUUGACUGUGUAAAAUCAAUCGUUCUGCAGCAUCCAUACAGCCUUGCUGCCUGGAACUGCUAUUACAAAAUAGCUUUAAGGUUGGGAAAGAACUAUUCAAGGCAUGCAAAGUUUCUACGCCAUAUGCGAACCAAACAUGGUGAUUGUGUACCACCUAUAGUCAUCUAUGGGCAUCAGUUUACCAUGGCCAGCCAUUACCAAGAUGCUGUGAGAGAAUAUCUUGCAGCUUAUAAACUAUUGCCGGAGAAUCCACUAGUUAAUCUUUGUGUGGGAACAGCCUUUAUCAAUUUAGCCCUUGGAUUUAGACUUCAAAACAAGCAUCAAUGUGUUGCACAAGGCUUAUCAUUCCUCUAUAACAAUUUACGGCUUGCUGAAAACAGUCAGGUAUCUUUGCAGGAGGCAUUAUAUAAUAUUGCGUGUGCAUUUCAUCACGUCGGACUUGUAUCUCUAGCAGCUUCAUAUUAUGAAAAGGUGCUUGAAACAUGUGAAAGGGAUUACCCUAUACCCAAACUUCUGAAUGAGAAUUCAGAUCUUCUGGAAAACCUGAAGCCAGGUUACUGUGACCUGCGUAGGGAGGCAGCUUAUAAUUUGCAUUUGAUAUACAAAAAAAGUGGGGCUAUUGAUCUUGCUCGCCAGGUCUUGAAAGAUCACUGCACUUGCUGAGUAAAGAUGCUUCAAACUCACAUCAAUUGGCUUGUGAAAAAUGUGAGGUGAUCUAACUUGUAUAUAUAUCUUUUUAGAUUGAUCGCCAACAAAUCCUUGUUUGUUUAAUUUAUUAGUAGAUGAAUUAGAAUUAGUUCCCAAGUGUUUGGUUUUUUUAGCUCUCCUGUAUUAUUGUGCCAUUUUACUCGAAUACAAUGCUAUUUGCUACUUAACAUGUUCACUGCUAAUCAAUUGUUUUAUAUAUAUUUGGGAAUCACAAUAUAUGAAUCUCGCA